AUGAUCAUUGGUGACUACGUGGAUACCUACGUGAAUCUAACCUACAAGCUCAUAGCGAGCCAUCGAUGGGCCUCUGCAUUUUGCCAAGGCAAAUCCGACGUUUUUCUAUUUAUCGACGACGACUACGAUUUCAACGCGAAGAAUGUGCUCAAUUACCUGAAUAAUCUGACAAAGUCGGAUCGUCGUCAACUGCUCAGUGGACCCCUAAUUAUUUGGGGGCGUGUGAUUCGCCCGUUUGAGGACGCCAGUCUCAAUAGGUGGGCUGUGACUCAAUAUGAGGUUCCGUGGUCGCAGUACCCACCGUACGCAAGCGGAGCGGCGACGUUUGUCGGUGCAGAUGUACUCACGGAGCUGGUGGUAGCCGAAGCCUACACGCGCUUUCUGUGGGUGGAUGAUGUGUUCAUGGGCUUCGCCGUAGCUAAAUUGCCACAUCUGCUUUUCCACAGCUUGAAGGGCUUCUACCUCGAAUCCACCAAUAACCAGAAGGCUCUCAUAGCGCAUUCACCCCACAUAUUCUCAUUAGAUUGGUUCAUCGGUUCCACUGGACUCAUCCUCGAAUAUUCCACAUCGACCAGGUUUGAAGUCGGCUUGGCUGAGGUUCAAGAGAUCGUCUAG